UUUAUCUGAAGCCUCUAAUAUAUUCUUAUGUGUUAAUUAUCAUCACUGAAUGUUAUUUUGGCGAUGUAAGAGUUAGCAACCCCUGCAAAGAUGCUACCGCUCAUGUCAUCAAAUUAUCCCCGCAACAGGUUUUUACACCCACUGUCAGGGAGUUUGGAGACAAAAGGAUCCGGGAACGGAAGCUUUAUUUGUUCCUAGGAUAUGACCCGGAUGGGCCAAAUCUUAAGUACUUAUGGGCAAGUUAUAAGAGGCAAGCAGGUUCAGUCGUGAGGCCCCGCCGUGUAUAUAUAACUAAGGCUCUGCCCUAUAUGCAACAUCUAGUUGUCAAGGUUCUGCUCGAUAUGCAACAUCUAGCAGUCAGGGUCUUUCUCUUUGGUCCAACAAAGGGCUUUGUCCCAACUCCGAACUUCACUUUUGGGGUCCUGCUUAAAAGGAGCCAUAAUAACAGUGAUGGGACCGGGACUAUUUUCCAUAAAGGUGUUUACUGUGAUGGUUGUGGGGUUCAUCCGAUAACUGGCCCUAGGUUCAUAUCUAAAGUAAAGGAGAACUACGAUCUCUGCAGCAUAUGUGUUGCUGAAAUGGAAAAUGAUGCUGAUUAUAUCAGAAUGGAUCGUCCCUUAGCUAACCAGUAUCCCUUGUCCUUCAAGGGCUUACAUGAUCUUCAGAUUAAACAACAUUUACAGGAUAUGAAUGCCAGGUUGCCUGCCGGUGCCCCAACUAUCUCAUAGCAUCUUCUCUUUCUAUUUUACCUCAGGUUUAUAGUGUAUUAAUAUGAUGUACCCCGAUUAAUUUGGAGUUGAGGGUAGUUUCAUUGAGUGGUUGAUUCAUAUUGCCUUCUAGGGAAAAUGAUUGGUGAUGACAAGGAGCUGUUAGAUGCUGUCUGCAAUGUCGGAAAACCAUUGUUCCUAUUUACUGUGAUUAGUGAAACCUCUGUUUGCUCAAGUUUUUACAUUUGAAGAAUAAAACAGUCACGAGAUCCUUGUUUGCAUUAUUCUCAUUGUUGUU